CAAAGAGUGGUAGAUGAAAUUAGUUCUAACAACAUAGAUGUAUCUUUAUGCAUAUUUAUUAAUGACGUGUUCCAGUUUUUCGAACAAAUUUGAUAUUAUUAAUAUGUAAUGUUUCUUUUUAGGACUGAACUGUACAAAGUGCGGGAAUAGCUGUUUACAUUAUCGAGUAUACAGAGAUGUACAUGUAUAUCAGGAGAAGAUUAUCCUAUUAUGCCAUUCUUGUGGGUUUAAUGGUAUUUGGAAUUUCGUUUCUGAAUAAAGAAAGGCGAUAUUCCAGAAUGAAUACUAGUGUAAAUUAUCAUCACCGAUAUGGAAUAGAAGUGGAAACGGAGCCACUUAAUCUUCCAAGAAAAAACAUGUUCAGUUUUUCCAAUUCAUCGGGAAUAGUUUGUAUCACGUUUAUGGGAAGAUUGGGUAACUUGAUGAUGGAGUACGCGUUUUUGUAUGCAAUGGCUAGAUCAAAAGGACUAUAUCCGAUUCUUCCGGAGGAUUCCUUGCUCCCCAAAAUAUUUGCUAUCCACCACACAACAUUGUCUCGUAUUGGAUUUCCGGAGGACGCUUGUUCAGAACUUCCCAUUCACGAAGAACGUUGGGAUGUUUCCUAUGACGAAAAUUUAUUUCAGGUUGCACAGUCUAAAGGGGCUAACUAUAGGUUUAACGGAUAUUUUCAGUCUUGGAAAUAUUGGAUUAAACAUGAGAGAGACAUUCGAAGCGUUUUUCAGUUUAAUGACGAAAUCAACAGAAAUGCUGUCUCCCAAUUUCAGGAGAUUUUAAAAGAGAGAGAUUUUACACUAGACAAUGACAGCGUUGUCGUCAGUGUUCACGUCAGACGAGAAGACUAUUUAUCAAAAGAAGUAGUAAACUACGGUAAACUCUCGCCAGGCGCCACGUUUUAUUUUAACGCCAUGUCGUUUUUCAAGAAUAGGUUUAACAAUGUACUGUUUAUCGUGGGUUCCACGGACACUGAGUGGUGUAGGAAGACUUUUCACGGAGAACCAAACAUCUAUAUCUCUACUGGAAACUCGGCUGCUGUGGAUAUGGCGCUCCUUAGUUUGGCCAACCACACGAUCAUGUCGGUGGGGACAUACGGCUGGUGGAUUGGGUGGAUGUCGGGAGGCAUCAGCAUAUACUACAAACAUAUAUUUGUUCCAGGAAGUCCAUUCUCCAAACAUUUUCGGCACAAUUCCACAGACGAUUUCAUAUAUCCUGGAUGGAUUCCAAUGGACUAGCAAUACUUUUAUCUAUAUAUAUCUGUGUGUGUGUGUGUGUGUGUGUGUGUGUGUGUGUGUGUGUGUGUGUGUGUGUGUGACAAUUUUGAUUUUCCCGUAAAUAUAGCUUACUUUAAUUUACCCCUGAUGUACCCUUUAGUUUGAAUUACAGUUUAGGUUCUCUGAGCUUUAUAUUGCGACGUUUUUACAUGAUCUUGUUAUAUCCCAUGUUUAUUUCGUUUUCACCGCCAUGUUGUCAUUCUACCUGUACGUCUUAUAUUACAAUCACUUUCAAUGGUCGAGACCAAUAUUCUCAGCUAUUGGGAUUAUAAAUUUAUUUAAAGAUUUUUUAUUGGUCCGCAAGGUUAUAUAUAGGUAAAAGUGAUUCUGAAUUGUUAAAAUAAUAGGCGAAACCCCCUUUUAAAGUGAAAUAAUUACUAAACAGUGGUAAUAGGGUGUAAGUCUUAAAAUCUUCUUCUAAAGAACCCCUGCACCAGAAAUGCCAAUAUUUACACCAAAUCUUGUAUGUAAAGUAAAGUUUGUAAAUUGUUAAAAUUGCUGGGGCCCCAAAGGGGUUAAAAGUUUAACAAAGAAGUAUACAGGGAAACUCUUCUCAAGAACCACUAUGCUACAAGUUAUUAGCCUAAGAAUACUAUGCAAGCAUUCUCAGACAGUGUGGAUUCUAGAUAUUGUUAAUAUGGUGACCCCUGGACCAAGAGGGGUUCAAAGUUGAACAUAGAAACAAAUAGGGAAAAUGUUAACAUUCUUCUUCACAAGAACUACAAUGCUAUACUAUUGAUAUUAUUAUACAAGCAUCCUCAAAUAGUGUUUAUUCUAAAUUAUAAAAACCACGACCCCAGACCAAUACUUAGACCCAAGAGGGGUUCUAGGUUUAACAUAGAGAUAUAUAGGCACUUUUUGAAAAUAGAUCUUCUCAGGAACUAUAAUGCUACAAUUUAUUAUAAUACUGUGCAAGCUUCCUAAGAGGGUGUAGAUAAUUCUAAAUUGAAUUUUUAAAAUGUGGCCCCUUGGUUAAUACUGGAGCUCCAUAAAGGGUAAAAAGUCCACCAUAAAAACAUACGUGUAUAAGAAUAUGUUUUAAAAUAUUCUCAUCGGGAACUACACUGCUUCAAUUUGUCAAAAUUAUCAUUCAAGCAUCCUAAAAUAGUGUAGAUUCUAAAUUGUUAAAAACCGUUACCCCCGGGCCAAUACUGAGGCCCAAAGAGGGGUUUAAAGUUGAACAGAGACACAUUUAGGAGCUAGGUUUUAAAAUCUUCUUUUACAAAACUACAUUGCUUCAGCUUUUGAAACUACGCAAGCACCCUAAAAAGUGUAGAUUUUAAAACCACCACCCCAGGCCAAUAUAUAGGACCCCAAGAGGGGUUCAAAGUUCAACAUAGAAACAUAAAGGGAAAAUGUUUAAAAAUCUUCUUUUCAAUAACUACAAUGCUACAAUUUGUGAAAUUACUAUGCAAGAACCCUAAGGUAGCAUAGAUUCAGAAUAGUUAUUACAGUCACCCUCGGGCCAAUACUGGGGCCCCAAGAUGGGUUUAAAUUUCAUCAUAGAAGUAUAUGGGGAAAGUGUUUAAAAAUGUUUUUUUCAAGAAAUACAAUGCUUUGUUUAGAUAUUUUACAAUGAUUGUUUAUAGUUCUAUUUUGUAAUUUUGUAAUUUUUGAUACGUUAAGGCUAUAUCAGUUAAUACAUCUUAGAUCUUGAAAGAUAUGAUUUCCCAAAAAGUGGGCUUAGCUUAUUUUUAGGUAUUGUUCAAUGUAUUGUCAAUUCUUUGAAUAUAUAAAAGUUUUACAAUAU